GUCAACAAAGAGUCAACCUGCCUUAGAGAACAUCAUGAAUAGUGUAAUGGAUACACUGCAUGGGUUUGGGGUGAGUAGCACCCAAUACCUACAAACCCAUUACAAAGAUGCCCAGGGAUGGUUUCUUUUUGUCUCCUUUGCUGCAGACCUGAGAAACACCUUCUUCAUCUUCUUUCCCAUCUGGUUCCACCUAAAAGAAUCAGUUGGCAUCAAGCUUAUCUGGGUGGCUGUGAUUGGAGAUUGGCUCAAUAUGGUCUUCAAAUGGAUCUUGUUUGGAGAACGUCCAUACUGGUGGGUCCAUGAGACUUCUUACUACACAAACAGCUCUGCUCCACACAUCGAGCAGUACCCCAUGACCUGUGAGACUGGCCCAGGUAGCCCAUCUGGUCAUGCUAUGGGUGCUGCUGGUGUCUACUAUGCCUUGGUCACCUCCAUCCUCGCCAUAAUGCUGAGCAAAGAGAAGAAAGCAUCAUCUAAGAGCUUGUACUUGCGUGGUUCACUCUGGACUCUCUUCUGGACGGUCCAGGUCUGUGUAUGUCUCUCCAGAGUCUUCAUUGCUGCCCAUUUUCCCCAUCAAGUUAUCGCUGGUGUUAUUACAGGCAUGAUUGUUGCAGAGGCCUUCAACAGACAGACGUGGAUCUACAAUGCCAGUCUGAAGAAUUACCUUAACAUCACGCUGUUCCUUCUCUCUUUUGCCGUGGGCUUCUAUGUGCUCCUUAAAGCUCUUGAUGUGGAUCUCCUGUGGACCCUUGAGAAAGCUCAGAAAUGGUGCGUCAAUCCUGCCUGGGUCCAUAUGGACACCAGCCCCUUCGCCAGCCUGUUGAGAAACAUGGGUACUCUGUUUGGUUUGGGACUCGGUCUUCACUCCCCACUGUACACUGAGAGAAAGAAGAGCAGCAGUGCACGCGUCAGGAUCGCCUGUAUCGUGGCCUCUCUCUUCCUGCUGCAUCUCUUCGAUUCAAUCAAGCCUCCAACACACACGGCUGCUCUCUUCUAUCUGCUGUCUUUCUGCAAGAGUGCCACUGUUCCCCUAGCCACGGUCAGUAUCAUCCCGUACUGCGUGUCUGGAGCUCUCGGAUUACAGAGCAAGAAGCAGCUUUAAACUGGGAAAUAACUGUACAAGACUGUAAGACAACUACGCAACUACAGUAUUUCAGACUAGUUCAUUUUCAUAAUUCAUCCCAUCAGUCAAAGUAACAAUGCCGAAAUGAUCAACUUUUGACAUUUUGAAAUGUGUUUUCUAACGAAAGGGAUGCAGAUAACUAGAGUUUAAAUUAAGGACUGUUAUAUUGGAAGUAUUGUUUUGUAUUUGUACAUCCUUUUGUAAAAAUGUUUUAUUUGAUACGUUUUUAUCUUAGUGCUUUUGGAACUACAAGAAAAGGUCUGGUAUUUGACAAAUGUAAGUGGUUUUGCUUAAGGUUAAGUUAUUUUUUGAGAACUAAAUAAAUAUAUAUAGGAGAACAAAUUGUGUUCUCCCUAGGGAUUAUAUAUUUCAGAAGUAUUUUCUUUAUUAUUCUAUUUUUGGAAAAUGUUUAGGUAAUUUUUAAUAAAACACUG